CCCCUAUGUAUAUCACAGGCCAGAGUUGCGCACACUCCCCCACCCCUCACUAUAGAAUAUUAUUUCCAGGCUGCCCCACUCCCCCGCCGCCAUCUUGUAGCGGUACCUCCUCCUCCUCCUCCUCGGUUCUCUCAUCUACGGCGGCCUCGGCCCCCUCCCCUCAGUCGAGGCUUGAGGAGGAUGCCGGGCCCGAUGCGACGUUAUGAGCAUGAGAUCCAGCGUGUGUCGCCCGCGGCCCGACGAGCCCUCGCUGGGAGAAGAGCCUCAGGAAAGCCCGGGGCUCACCGGCCGGAGUAGGCCGCAGCUGGACGGCUGGGCUGGGGAAGGAGGGAGAGGGCAGGCCGGUCCGGGCGAUCCCUGCGGGAGGCUAGGCUGCGAAGCGGGGGCCCUGGCAGACAAAGGAGCCGGGGGAGCGGCCGGGGCGGCGGUGACCGGAGCCGGGGCUGCUACUACAGCGGCUACCGGACAGGGACAGGCCCCGGCUUCCACUUCCACGUCCCCGGGAGCUCGCUGGAGGCCGCCGCUGAGGGGAGCUGCGGGGCCCGGGUCGUGCCUGAAGCAGAUCGUUCUGUUGCAGUUGGACCUCAUUGAGCAGCAGCAGCACCGGAUCCAGGAGCGGGAACGGGAGAUCGGGGAGCUCAGGGCCGAGAAGGACACGCUCUUGGCCCGCAUUGAGCGGAUGGAAAGACGCAUGCAAUUGGUCAGAAAGGACAGUGAAAAAGACAGACCGCGCUCGUCUCAGACCAAGGAGCAGCCUGCAGACAUGCCAGAGGGUCCCCUACCAGAGAGUGCUGGGGGUGGGAAGUUUCCCCCAGAGGCCUCGCCUCACCUGACCAGCCUCAGCUCCAAACCGUAUGGCUAUGGCCGCAAUGCAAAAGGACACAGAAGGAGAUCCACGUUUGGCAGCGCAGAUCACAGGACCCCAGUCAAAAGACUGACGUCUGAUCUCGGCAAGAUAAAGGGCAAACUCAGCCAGUCGUUGGCAGAAAUGGAGGACGCUGAAACUGGGGCAUCCCUGUCCGGGACUCCCUGCCAACGUGGAUUGCGCAACAAAGAGACCCCAGAGAAGUCGCACUCUCCUUUGGAAACCCCCCUGAGAUCCACAUAUGGUGUAUCCAUUCCCCUUUCAGUAAGGGACAGCGCUCCUCACCCUGUUGAGUCAGACUUGCCCUACCUUACCACCAAGGACAUGUAUCUUAGCCGUUGGCAUCAGCCUCCACCCUCUCCAUUAAGAGAGCCCUCCCCAAAGAAAGAAGAGAGUGUGGCAAUUCCGUCAUGGAGAGAGCACCAUAUUGAGCCUCUGCAGCUGGCAGAACCAUGUGAUAUCCCAGAGAAUCUGGAUGAUGCCGUGUUUGCAAAGAGACAUGCAAAGUUAGAGCUGGAUGAAAAGAGGAGGAAGAGGUGGGACAUACAGAGAAUCCGCGAACAGAGACUCCUGCAGAGAUUGCAACUGCGGAUGUGCAAAAAGAAGGGGAACCAGGAGAGCGAGCCAGAGGUCACCUCUUUCUUCCCAGAUGUUGAUGAUGUUGAAUCUGUGAUGAUCACCCCCUAUCUUCCUGUUGUGGUGUUUGGUCGUCCAUUGCCCAAAAUAACCCCACAGAAUUUUGAGCUGCCCUGGCUUGACGACAGGAGUCGUUGCAGACUUGAGAUGCAGAAAAAGCAGACCCCACACAGGACACCUCGCAAAUAGGCUGGACGGCCAGUCUCGCGGCGACCUUGUAAUGUUGGAGAGCGCAAGUUGACAUUACGGAGCCUCAUCGAACGUGCUGCCUUUCAUCUUUAAACCCUGUGCUGCUAUGCCUUUCAGAGCAAUGUACUGCAACCCCCACAGACAAUCCUGAAGGAUUAUUUUUGUUGCCCCCGACAGACUUUUAUUUAUUGACCAAAUAAUAAAAGCGUAUUCCUUCUUACCUCAA